AUGGCUGACUCAAAGAGUCUUCACAACUACACCCUUUCACCUGGUUGGACAAGAGAAGAAGUCGACAUCUUGAAAAUAGCACUGAUGAAGUUUGGUAUUGGGAAAUGGAAAAAAAUUUAAAAAUCAGGAUGCUUGCCCUCAAAAACUAUUUCUUAAAUGAAUUUGUAAACUCAGAGAGUAUUGGGUUAGCAAUCUUUAGCUGAGUUUAUGGGACUACAUGGUCCAGAAAUCUAAAGGAAAAAUAACUUUAUUAUCAACACAGGUAACAAUCUCACUCAACUAGAAAAAGAAAAGAGGCUUAAGUUGAAUAAGCAAAAAUAUGGAUUAGAACUAACCUACAUAAAAUCACUCAGAUUACCUAAACCAGUUAACAAUAAAAAAGAAGUUGUUUUAAGUAUCGAUCAGAUUUUUAACGCAAAGAGCAAUUUCUCUGUUGUUGAAAAACUCAAGCAUUUGGAAGGAUUGAAAAUUUCAUUGGAGCAUAAACUUUACUAAAUUGAAAAGAAAAGACAUAUAAAAGAAAUGAGAAAACUGUAUAAACCACUAGACUAAGCAAUUGUUUUAGCUAAAAUCAAUGGAGGAUAAGCAUAUGAAUAUGUUGAGACAGUGGAUCUCUGA